CAAUGACUGACGUCAAAUAUAACGUUCAGUUCUGUUUUGUUUUGACGUUUGGUUUUUGAUUUUGGGAAGGAAGGGUUGACGAUGAAGACUGUAACACAAAUUUAAGGACACAUUGACUAAUGCUUCACACAAAUUAACCUGUUAACUGCAUGUUUGUACAACCACUAACACCUAGACAAUGUCAGUGUCUGAUCCUAUGAUAAAAGAACUUAAAGGGUGUGCGGUUCAGUUCCUGAGUGUGCCACAACCCAUCACAGAUGGAAGUCCUUCGCUCCGUCCGUUCUGUGAGUCGCUGGAGCGUAUCCUCCAGAGAGGUCUGCUGGUCCGCAUCAAUGCCAUCGGCUAUUGGCGCGAUCCUGAGCCAUGGAACUGGAUGGAGCGGCUUGCUCUUAGCAAAUUCGGCUCACUCCUCUGCAAGUUCUCCGUCGUUCAUUCAGGUUCUUUAAUCCUUCUUCAGUUUGAGGCCCCGUACAUGUACCAGCUGGCCGUGGAGAAGGUACGCAAGUGUGAGAAAGUCAGGACUCACGUAGGACGGAUGAGACUGCUCAUCAGACAUUGUCUCAACAAUAGAUGUCUUCACAUACCCUUCCAGCUGUUGCUACGGACCAGCCAGUUCAAGCACCUCUAUGGACGAGAGUCUGUGUUGGGAAGUGAGAUCCUGUCACAGGUAUUGCUGUCAGUGCUGUUGUUGCCUUGUAGACUGAGGUUCUCAUUGGACUCAGACAAUGCCAGAUUCUUGGAUGAAUCUUGGGAGCUACCCACCUCCAGACAACUCACUUUUGUACCUGCCAGUCAACUUGGACUAUCAUUGACGUUUAUCGAGGGGAAAGCAAUAGCUGUAGAAGUUUUACCAGACAGCGUAGCUUCUGAGGACGAUCAGAUAGAAGUGGGGGAUGUUCUAGAUGAGCUCAAUGGUGUUGUGAUAUCAACAGGACAUCAGGGCUGUCUGAUACAGGUGCUCAGGAAAAACGCAGGACAUCCUAUCACAGCAUAUGUAGUCAAGGCAAGACAUGGAGAAGGAUUGUACGGACCUUUAGUGCCUCUUCUACGCAGGGCUGGCCUCAGCCCCAACCAACUGUUGAAGAAGACUUGUGAAGACAAUCAAGACAGCCAGCAGACGAUGACAUAUAUGGGACGAGUGUUGACGGCUGACAGAGGAGAUGUGAAGGAGAUCAGGAGAGCCAUCAACCAGCUGUUGGGAGAUACCUCACUACAGCAGUGUGUGGCAGUCAGUCUGGAGUGUCAAGACAUGGGCAUCACUGUGACAAAGCGGGAAGACAACAAGGUGCUCAUGAAGCAUCUCUACAUGCACAUCUCGUCAUGUGGCUGUACUGUUCAAGUGCCAAACUACUUCGCUUUCAUUGUAGAAGACAGAGAUAUUGAUCCUGACAACAGAUUUGUUUGCCACAUAUUUCAUGCAGAGAGUCAAGAACUGAUUGAUUACACUCUAACGAGCAUAGGCCAAGGGUUCAAGAGGACACAUUUUGCUGUUUAGUGUUUAGUCAAUGAUUCUACAAAUAUCUUGCUCUUUUACAAUGACCUGGCUUUACAAUUUAGACUGGUCCCUUGAUUCUUCUUGACACAAUAACAUAUAAAUCACAGUAUUGACCUAAUUAGCCAAGUAAACAUUGUGUGAUGUAGACAUGGCUUAAAGAAUGUGAUUUUAACUGUCUGGUCAUUUAAAGACUUGUACUGUAUUCUUAAAAGACAUAUCAUAUUUUGUAGAAAUUUAUUUGUAUUAAAUUAAUCUAUAGACCUAACUUGUUUUGCAGAACUUACCAAAGAAAUAGUUUGUAUUACAUGUUAUAUUAUUGUUAAAGAAUUAUGAUUGAACGUCUUUAGUUAGGCUACCAAUUUAUGUCGCCAUCUUAAAUAUUUUUCUUGAUUUUCCAAACCUUAGAGCGUUUUGUUUGUUUCAGUUAAAAUUUUUGAAAGUUACUAUACAGUUAUUUUUGUUAAUAUCAACAAGCAACAGUUGUACAUAAUCAUAAUACAUUUUGUUGAAAUCUUACUCUUCAAAUACUAUUGAAACAAGUUGCGAAAUAAGGCCUAACUGUAGUGUUUUUGUGUGAUACCUAGCUGUAGAUAAUAUGGUUAGGUGGUUUUCAUAUGAUCUUUCAUUUUAUUACAUGCAAAAACACCUAAAUAAGCAUCAAUCCUGUUUUUGAAAAUAGAUUGACUUUUUUUGAAUUAAUAAGUAAAUAAACGGUAUCAGCAUUCUGACACAUACUUUCUCCCAUAAGCUUGUCAACAAUCUUUAUCAUGGGUAAGCAAUGGGAGUAAAUAUGAUAUUUUAUAGUUAAAAAUCACAAAAUUGCAUCAACUUUUGAACUGUAAUUGUUGCAGCAAUGGGGGGUUGUACAUUUUUUUUAGAAUUAUAAGGACCAUAACAUAUUAUUUUGAUCAAAACCAUCUUUUUUCAAAAAAUCCAAAUUUCCGUUAUUUUAUUUUAUUUUAUGGGAAAAUAAACAUAAGUUACAAUAACUUUUUAACCGCAAUUUUUACGGAAAUGGGAUUUGCACCAUUUUGUUCAGAAUUUAAAGGACUAUAUCAUAGGCUAUUAAUCGUUCAGGCCAUUUUUGAGAAAAUCCUAUUUUUCUGUUAUUUUAUGGGUUUUUAUGGGAAAAUCCCCAUUAAAAAUCAAAAUUUCAAAAAAAUGCCUGGAGGUACCGUGGAUUAGUAUACAAAAUUUCAUCAAAAUCGGACCACAGGUGUGGUCUGUAGCUCGCUCUGUACACGUCCACACACACACACACACAGACAUCACUUCGAAAACUGGUUCAGGGUGGCCCAAAAUGGAUAUAUUAAUUCAAAACUCAAACAGUACAAAAAUCAAAUGAUUGUGUUGGUCAUAUAGUUCUCUUUGAAAAAAUCGUUUGGAAGCCAUUACUUUCCUCAGUUUCUACGCUGGAUUUAUUCAUUGUGGUCCUCAUCUUUUGUUUGAUCAUUACACUUUCAGCCUAUCAUCUGUGACAGUUGUAUAUCCGUAUCUGUGUGCAGUGUGUAUCCGUAUGGAUUUUAAUUUAAAUACGGUAUUUAUUAAUUCUCCAAAAAAUGUUGAUUCAGUAAAUUGGGGUUACCAUACUGUAUAACUCAAAUUGUGUUCUUUGAGCUUUAAAUUGUUAUUUGUAAGUUAAUUAGUAAUAAGUUCUCUGUAGAAUAGAAUCUCAUUUUAGACAAUAUGUACAAAUUAAUACAUAUUUUUGUUUUUCUAAAAGCAAUCAACAUAAAAUAAAAAAAAUAUCAGUUGCUGUAUACAAGAACAAACAUAAAUCAAUAAAGUAAUAUAAUUUAAAAUGUCUUCAUGAAGUGUAGUUUUAAGGUGGUAAACAAAAACAAGAAUGAUUUAUUUAUUGUAUUUAUUAAGGUGUGUGCAGUAGUUUAAUUCUUAGGAAAUAGUAAUCAAAUAAAAGACACUAUUUUAGCUUUAUUGAGAAUUUAAAGGGUGGUGUAUUUGUUACUUUAUUUUUUAGAAUUUUAAAGGGGUUUUUCACAAUUUUGUCGAUCGAACAAGUGAAUAUUUGUAAUUUUUUAAGUUAAGGGAGUGAGGAUUAUGUUCGUGUUUUUAAAUAUCAAAAGCCAUAACUGAUCAUUUGAUGUAAUAUAAUAUUUGCAGUAUUGUAUAAAAGAAGAUUUUAUUGUAAUUGUGUUAAUGUACAUCAAAGACUUCCUGUACACAUCCAUGUUACUAUUUGAAUUCUUGUGAAUUUGUCAAUAUAUAAGUAUUUUGAAUUGUUACAAAUUGAUAUGCAUUUGGAACA